UUUCCCAAAAUUUUAAAUUACGGUGUUUUUUUUUAACACACUAAAAAUUUACUUUUUUUGCAGAUAUUUAUUUUUUUUUUAUUUUUCAACCAUUUUUGGGCCAAAAAAAUGUUCUAUAUUAAAAAAAAAAAAAAAAAAAAAAAAUAAUAUAUUAUUGUAAAACAUAUUAUUAUUCUAUUCUUCUCAUUUUUUUCGCUGUACUACUUCAUACCAAUUUGGUUUUGUAACAAUGUUCAGUUCCCUCAUCAAAACUUUCGUUAUUUAUUUGCGUAUUCUAUAAUAGAAGAAAAUUUUAAUAAGGAUCUUUUACAGUUCUUCUUAAAUACCUUUAUUAAGCAAUCGAUAACGCUUAAAGCAAGAAAUGUAACAAAUAUACAAAUGGUAAUCAAUGCCCAUACUUCGUAGACAAUUUGCAUUCGCCGUGUAAUAUCAGUGGUGCCUAUCGUUACAUAGGGAAAAUGAGACUAACUAAAAUGUACAAAAAUAAUUUUAAUUAUCAAGGGAAACUAUUCAUUAAUUCUGUAAUUCUAAACAUAGACAGUUUUCGCUAACAUUUGAGCGAAUAACGGUAUAGUAGUGGUGUAUCGUAACAGAAGGAGCCCAUCAGAUUCAAUCGUGCAAUUAUCUAUCUAAAAAUUAUCUUACAUAAUAUUAUUAUCUUGCAUGUUGGGUUAGAACUGCGUAGAACCCAUUUGAACUGUAAUAUAAUCAAUGGUUUUUUUUCCCAAAAUAUGUAAAAUCUCCUUGAUUGUACAAGAGUGCGAACUUUUAAAGAUUUUUAAAAUGUUUUGAAUAAUAAUUAGCACAGACUAUGAUGUUGUUCAAACGAUAUAAAACUGAAUCAAAUUGUAGGUUUCAAGAUCAAGCAGAUAUUAACGAAUUAAUCUUUUUGUAUUCAACUAUUUAACAAAAAAUUAUUAACUGUUUUAACCUGCAACUGUUAAAGACUAUUUUCACACUAGUAGUUCAACAAGUAAAAAUAACUCAUAGUGUUACAUAGUCAUUGUUAUAUAUCGUAGCCAAACAGUUUAAGACUUGAAGUGCAACGUAUUACAUGGAUAUUGUAGCAUAAGAAAUCAUUUGAUUGAAACACUGUUUUAUUUUGUUUUGCUUUUUAGCUGUUAGAACUUCAUCGAACAUUACCUCGUAUGUGGAGUAAUUAUAAAUUAAUACUAGAGGAGUCAACUACAUCAUUUAAACGUGUCAAAGAAGAAAUGAAAGUUCUUUUACAAAAAGAACAAGAAAAAUGUCAAAAUCAAAUAAUUGAAUUACAAAAAUUUUUAAAAAUUAAAGGACCACAUGGUGCCGAAAUAGCUGUACAUACUGCAUUAAGUGAAAUAGAAUCAAUUGAAAAUCAAAUAGCUGGAAUAGAAAAUGAUGAAAAACGAUUGAAAAUUGCGUAUCGGAUAUUUAAUUUGGAUAUGCCUGUAUCCAAAGAAUUACAAAAUAUUAAAAAAGAUAUUGAAAUAUUAAAAUCAAUAUGGUUAAUGGCAAAAGAAUAUGAAUUAUUAGCAACUUGGAAAACAAAAGAGUUUAAAGAGCUACGUAUAGAUGAACUGGAUGAUUUUGCACAAUCCUAUUACAAAAAAUUGUUUAAAAUGUCAAGAGACUAUAAAGAUAAAGAAUGGGAGAUAUUAGAUUCAUUACGUGAUCAAAUUCAUACAUUACGGCGUACAAUGCCUUUAAUUAGUUCUUUGCAUAAUCCACACAUGAGACCACGACAUUGGAACCAAAUAAAACUGGAAACAGAAAAAUCAUUUAACGAAGAAUCAAAAGAAUUUACAUUAGAAAAAAUAUUAGAUUUACAUUUUGAAGAAAAUAUUCAAAUACUAACAGAAAUAUCCGAAAAUGCCACUAAAGAAUAUUCUAUUGAACGUAUUUUGGAAAAAAUUGUUGAUAUAUGGGAGAAUCUAAAAUUUGAUACAAUUUUACAUAAAGCAAAUGUUUACAGAUUAAAAGCUCCAGAUGAUAUCAUACAAUUCGUUGAAGAACAUACAGCUCAAAUAUCAACAAUGAAAGGUACUAGACAUGUUAAACCUUUUCAAACAGAAGUUAAUUAUUGGGAAAAAAGUAUUGCACAAGUAUCCGAAUUGAUUGACGGUCUUCUCGAUGUACAACGACAAUGGCUUUAUAUGGAAGGUAUAUUUACAUCUGAAGAUGUUCAACGUCAAUUACCACGUGAAGCUGCUGAAUUUAAAUAUAUUGAUACGACAUGGCAAGAUAUUAUUAAUAAAAUAAGAGAGAAUCCUAAAGCAUUAAGAAUAACAACGACACUAAAUUUAUUUGAUAAAAUUCAAGAUUUAUUAAAAUUAUUAGAUAAAAUUCAAAAGAAAAUGGAAGAUUAUUUAGAAACAAAACGUCGUAUAUUUCCAAGAUUUUAUUUUAUAUCAAACGAAGAAUUAGUAGAAAUUUUAGGUUUAUCUCGACAACCAGAUUUAAUUCAACCACAAUUGAAAAAGUUAUUUGAAGGUAUUAAAACUUUACGUUCAUUAAUGAAAAAAACGUUCAUUGCAAAUGGAAUGAUCUCACAUGAAGGUGAAGAAGUCAAUUUAAUUGCCAGUAUAUCAUUAGAUGGAAAUGUUGAAUUAUGGUUAAAAGACUUAGAAAUUAAAAUGCAAUUAUCUAUUAGAGAAUAUUUAAAAAAUACUUUAGCAGCACUAAGACAAAAUCUUGGCAAACGAGAAAAAUGGGUUAGAGAUUGGCCGAGUCAAUGUUGUGUAACAGCGAGUAAAAUUGAAUGGACAUCGGCCACUACAAAAGCAUUACAUACAGCAAAAGCGGAUGGAUCAACUAAACCUCUAAAACGUUUAUUUAGAACUCAAUUAAAAAUUCUUGAUAAAUAUUCCACAAUGGUACGUCUACAAUUGAAUAAUGUUCUACGUUUACGUAUAGUUAGUUUAAUUACAAAAGAAGUGCAUGGACGUGAUAUUAUCGAAAAAUUGAUUAAAUCAAACACAAUCGAUUCACAAGCAUUCGAAUAUCAAAUGCAAUUAAGAUUCUAUUGGGAACGUUAUGAAAGUCAAGAAGAGUGUAUUAUUCGUCAAACAAUAACAAAAUUUCGAUAUAAUUAUGAAUAUUUAGGGUGUACAUCACGUCUAGUGGUAUCACCGUUAACAGAUCGAUGUUUCAUUACAUUAACAACAGCAUUACAUCUCUUUAGAGGUGGUUCACCGAAAGGUCCAGCCGGUACUGGGAAAACGGAAACAAUCAAAGAUUUAGGUAAAGAUUUUGCAAUCUACGUUGUCGUACAAAAUUGUUCAGACGCAAUGGAUUAUAAAUCAAUGGGUAAAAUCUUUUCCGGUUUGGCACAAAGUGGUUCUUGGGGUUGUUUUGAUGAAUUUAAUCGUAUUAAUAUUGAAGUAUUGAGUGUCGUUGCACAGCAAAUAUUAUCGAUAUUAACCGCAUUAGCAUCAAAACAAAAACAAUUUUUAUUUGAAGGAAAUGAAAUUUCAUUAUUAUCACAAGUGGGGAUAUUUAUUACCAUGAAUCCAGGUUAUACUGGUCGUACAGAACUGCCCGAUAAUUUAACAAGCAUGUUUCGUCCAAUAUCAAUGGUCAUACCCGAUUCAAUUUAUAUUGCUGAAAUAUUUUUAUUUAGCGAAGGUUUUCAAAAAACAAGAAAUUUAGCUCGAAAAGUAUAUACGUUAUAUCAAUUAUCCGCUCAACAAUUAUCAAAACAAGAUCACUAUGAUUUUGGUUUACGUUCAUUAACAGCUGUUUUAAGAUAUGCAGGUGGUAAAAAACGUGCGAAUGUGAAACUAACAGAUGAUGAGGUCUUACUGUUGGCUAUGUUUGACAUGAAUGCACCAAAAAUGACUGCGCAAGAUUUACCAUUAUUUAAAGGAAUUGUUGAAGAUUUAUUUCCUGAUAUUGAACAACCAAAAGUUGAUUAUACAAACUUAAUUGAAGCUAUUGAAGAAGAAAUGAGUAAUCAUAAUCUUCAAAUAACAUCGAUAACAGUUCAAAAAGUUAUUGAAUUAUAUGAAACACGAAAUUCUCGACAUUCAAUUAUGUUAGUUGGUAAAACAUUAUCAGGUAAAACAACAACAUGGAAAUUAUUAAAAUAUUCAUGUAUUCUAUUAAAUAAACGUGGCAUAAUUGAAUUCAAUAAAAUAACUGAAUAUCCAAUAAAUCCAAAAGCUGUUACAUUAGGUGAAUUAUAUGGCGAAUUUAAUUUGGCUACAAGCGAAUGGAAUGAUGGCAUAUUAUCGACAAUAAUGAGACAAGUUUGUGCAGAUGAAAAACCCGAUGAAAAAUGGAUUUUAUUUGAUUCUCCUGUGGAUACAUCAUGGAUUGAAAGUAUGAAUUCAUUGAUGGAUGAUAAUAAAUUAUUAACAUUAGCCAAUGGAGAACGUAUUUCGAUGCCAUCACAAGUUGUCUUAUUAUUUGAAACAGAAGAUUUAUCAAUUACGUCGCCAGCUACCGUAUCUCGAGCGGGAAUUGUUUAUUGUGAUUAUGAGCAACUGGGCUGGAAACCCUAUCUUGAAUCGUGGAUAGUUAGAAAACAAGGAGAUUUACAAAGCGAAUUACGUGAUUUUUUAACAAAAUAUUUGGAUAUUAUCAUGAAAUCAAAACGUCAAAAUUGUCAAGAAUUAGUUUCAAUACAUGAAUUAAAUGGCAUUAUAUCAUUUACAAAAUUAUUUGAUACAUUUUAUUUUAGUGAAGAAGUUCAGAGUCUUCUUGAAAAUGAUAUUAUAUCGCGUAUAACAGAAAUGUGGAUGGUUUUUUGUCUAUUAUGGUCGAUUGCAGCCAGUGUUGACGAUAUAGGACGAAAGAAAAUUGAUAUUAUAUUUAGAGAAAUAGAAGGUACAUUUCCAAACAAAGAUACAGUAUUUGAAUUUUAUGUUGAUAUGAGAAAUCGAACUUGGAUACAUUGGGAAGAAACAUUGAAAAAUGGAUGGAUAUAUGAUGGAACUCUACCAUUUUAUAAAAUUAUUGUUCCAACCGUAGAUACUGCUCGAUAUGAAUUUAUAAUUAGAAGUUUAGUACUAGCAAAACAUCCUAUGUUAUUAGUGGGUGCCGUUGGUACAGGAAAAACAACUGUAUGUGAGAAUGUACUAAAUAAAUUAGAUCUUGAACAAUAUAAUCUAUUGAUUGUACACAUGUCAGCACAAACAACAUCGAAAAUGUUACAAGACAUAUUUGAAUCAAAUUUAGAGAAACGUGCUAAAAAUAUCUUUGUACCAUUGAAUGGUCGUAAAAUGGUUUCAUUUAUUGAUGACUUAAAUAUGUCAGGAAAAGAUUUGUAUGGUUCAUAUCCACCAUUAGAAUUGAUACGAACAUGGAUUGACUAUGAAUUUUGGUAUGAUCGAAAAACACAGGGAAUGAAAUAUAUUAAAGAUUUGUUCUUAUUAACGACUAUGGGUCCACCAGAUGGUGGACGACAACAAUUACCACGUCGUUUUCAAAGUAGAUUUAAUUUGAUCAAUAUGACAUUUCCUAUGGAUCAGGAAAUACAUCGUAUUUUUGGUACAAUGUUAAAUCAGAAAUUUGUUGAUUUUGAAGAUGAAGUAAAAUAUAUGGAUUCAAUAAUAACAAAAGCUACUGUUAGUUUAUAUCAAACUGUUGAGAAAAAAUAUCUUCCAACUCCGACAAAACUUCAUUAUACAUUUAAUAUGCGUGAUAUAUCUCGAAUGUUUGAAGGUCUUCUAUUAUGUUCAAAACAAUUAAUAACAACAAAAAUACAAAUAUUAAGAUUAUGGAUACAUGAAGCACAUCGUGUUUAUUCUGAUCGAUUUAUAACAGUAAAAGAUAAUGAACAAUUUGUUCAAAUAAUAUUACAGGAAAAAUUGGCUCAUUAUUUUGAUCAAGUCUAUCAUAAUGUAUGUCCAAAUCGUGAACAACCUCUAUUUACUGAUAUAUUACGUACAGAUAAUUUAUAUGAUGAUAUUAAAGAUCAAAAUAAAUUGAAAAAUUUUUUAAUAAAAACAUUAGAAGAAUAUAAUCAGACACCAUUAAUAAUUUCAAUGGACUUAGUUAUGUUUAAAGAUGCUAUUUCUCAUAUAAUUAGACUUAUACGAGUAUUUCGACGACCACGAGGAAAUAUGUUGAUAUUGGGUGUAGGUGGUAGUGGUCGACAAUCAUUAACACGUUUGGCAGCAUUUAUUUGUGAAAUUAUCGUGUUUCAAAUUGAAAUUGGAAGAAAAUAUGGUCAUAUGGAAUUUAAAGAAGAUCUUCGUCGUUUAAUGAAACUAUGCGGUAUUAAUAAUCGUGAAACCGUAUUUUUAUUUGUUGAUACACAAAUUGUUGAUUCAAUAUUCUUAGAAGAUAUAAAUGCAUUAUUGCAUAGUGGCGAAGUGCCAAAUUUAUUUCGAAAUGAAGAUAUACAAGAAAUUCGAAGUAAUCUUCAAGGAGUAAUGUUACGUCAAGGAAUAUCGGAUACAAAUUUAAAUGUGAUCAAAUUUUUCCUUGAACGUGUUAAAUCAAAUCUCCAUAUUGUUAUUUGUAUGAGUCCAUUUGGUGAAACAUUCAGAAAUUAUAUUCGUAUGUAUCCAGCAUUAGUCAAUUGUACAACAAUUGAUUAUUUUUCUGAAUGGCCCUAUGAAGCUUUAAUUGAAGUAUCACAUCGUUAUUUAGCCAAAUUUAAAUUUGCUGAAAAUAAUGAAAAUAUUCACCGGUAUUUGGCUGAUUUAUGUGCCAUUAUUCAUACAACAACAAAAGUCUUAGCUCAAAGAAUGAAAGAUGAAUUAAGACGAGAGGUGUAUGUUACACCAACAAAUUAUUUACAAUUUGUUUCAAAUUAUGGAAUCAUAUUUGAAUUGGAACGUUCCAAAAUUCUAUUUGAAUAUAAUCGUUUACAAGCUGGCAUAGCUAAAGUAGCUGAAACACGUGAAAAAGUAGCGGAAAUAUCAUUGGAAUUAGAGAAGAAAAAAAUUUUAGUAGCAAAUUUACAAAAAGAAUGUGAAGCAUUUUUAUUGAAAAUUGUUGAACAAAAAAAUAGUGCUAGUGAACGGGAACGACAAGUACAAGCGUUUGGUCAUCGUAUUGCUGAUGAAGAAAUACGUUGUCAAACAACAGCACAAGCUGCACAAGAAGAACUUUCAGAGGCUGAACCACUACUUGCAAAAGCGAAUGAGGCAUUGCAAAAAUUAACAAAAAAAGAAAUUGGUGAAGUGAAAGCUUAUGUUAGACCUCCAGCAGCAGUAGCUAGUGUUAUGCGUGGUUUAAUGAUAUUGAAAGGAAAAGAAGAUUCUUGGGAAGAAGCUCGACGUGAUAUAGCUGAUGUUAAUUUUAUCGGAAAAUUACUUACUUUUAAAGCCGAUGAAAUUUCGGAUCGUACACUACGUAAAAUACAACCGUUUAUAAAUGAUCCUGAAAUGACUAUUGAAAAAGUAAAAAGUAUUUCGGGUGCAGCUGGUGCUUUAUGUAAUUGGAUUCGAGCUGUUGAAAGUUAUGCACGUAUCUAUCGUAUUGUACAACCGAAAAAAGAACGUUAUCAAAAAGCAGCAUCUGAAUUACAAGAAAAACAAUAUUUAUUACAAGAAUCCAAAGAUGAAUUAGCUGGUAUACAAAAGAAAAUUGAAGAGUUAAGAAUUGAAUAUGAAAUAAAAAUUAAAGAAAAAAAUGAAUUACAACGAAAUGCUGAAGAAACAGCAAUGUUUCUUGAUCGAGCAACAAAAUUAUUAGAUGGUGUAACAGAAAAACGAGCAACUUGGGAUAUUACAUGUGCCACAUUACUAGAAAAUCAAUUGGAUUUAGUUGGAAAUUGUUUAUUAGCAUGUGCAUUUUUAUCCUAUAUGGGUCUAUUUUUGUCAGAUUAUCGUGAUGAUAUUAUGCAAAACGUGUGGAUUAAAGAAUUAGAACGUCGUGGUAUCCGAUAUAAAAAAGAUUAUAAUUUUUCACAGUUUAUGAUAACUCCGACGCAAAUUCGUGAAUGGAAUAUUCAAGGAUUACCACGUGAUAAUUUUUCCACAGAAAAUGCUAUUCUUACCACUAGAUCAUGGUCACAACCAUUAUUUAUUGAUCCUCAAUCUCAAGCUACAAAAUGGAUCAAACGAAUGGAAAAAUUAAAUGGUUUAAAAAUAACUGAUCUACAAACGAGAGAUUAUAUGAAAAUAAUCGAAGAAUGUGUUAAAACAGGCAAUCCAUGUUUAUGUCAAAAUAUAUUGGAAGAUUUGCCAGAAACAUUAAAUCCAAUAUUGAAUAAAAAAGUUAGAAAAGUUGGUGACCAUUAUGUAUUGACACUUGGUGAUCGUGAAAUUAAUUAUAAUUCACAAUUUCGUUUUUAUAUGGCCACACGUUUGUCGAAUCCACAUUAUAAACCGGAAAUAUAUUCAAAAGUAAAUAUCAUUAAUUUUGCUAUUAAAGAACAAGGUUUACAAGAACAACUGUUAGGUAUUGUCGUACGUAAAGAAAAACCCGAAUUAGAAGCACAAAAAGAUAAAUGUAUUGUCACCAUGGCCAGUAAACGUAAAGAAAAAGAACAAUUGGAGCAAGAAUUUUUAAGAUUAUUAUCAGAGACUAAAGGUUCCCUAUUAGAAAAUGUCAAAGUAUUUGAAUCUCUAGAUUUAUCAAAACAAUCACAAAAAGAUAUUGAAGAUACAUUGAAAAUAAAUGAAGAAACAGAAGCAAAAAUUGAUAUUACUCGAGAACAAUAUCGAUCAGUGGCACAACGGGCAUCAAUAUUAUUUUUUAUAUUAAACGAUUUAGGUCAUAUCGAUCCAAUGUAUCAAUUUAGUCUUGAAGCUUAUGUUCAAUUAUUUAUAUUAUCAAUCGAAAAAAGUCCCAGAAGUUUGAAAUUGAAUGAACGAAUUGAAAAAUUAAAUGAUUAUCAUACUUAUGCUGUUUAUAGAUAUGGUUGUCGUGGACUUUUCGAACGUCAUAAAUUAUUAUUCUCAUUUCAUAUGUGUACAAAAAUAAUGGACGUUGAUGGGCGAUUGAAUCAUGAUGAAUAUAAUUUUUUUCUACGUGCAUCAGCAUUGGUUAUUGAUCGUGAUACUCAAUUUUCAAAUCCAUUUCCACAAUGGUUAUCCGAGACAAAAUGGGAUCAAAUGUCAGAAUUAAUACGUAUGCCUGAUUAUCGAUUUUUACGUGAUGCAUUUGAUCAAUUUCCAAAAGACUGGAAAGAAUGGUAUCGAAGUGAGAGAGCAGAAGAAACAUCAUUACCGGGUACUAUUGAUUCAUUGAUAAAUGAAUUUGGUAAAAUGUUAAUUAUAAGAUGUUUGAGACCAGAUCGUGUUGCUAUUUGUGUAUUUAACUUUGUAACACACAAUAUUGGUUCAAAAUUUGUUGAACCACCAAUACUACAGUUAACUUCAAUUUUGGAAGAUUCAGAUAAACGUUCACCAUUAAUUUUUGUAUUGUCGCCAGGAGUGGAUCCAUCAAAUAAAUUACAACAAUUGGUAGAAGAACGAAAAAUGACAUCAAGAUUUUUUUCAUUAUCAUUGGGACAGGGACAAGCGCUAGUGGCGAGAAAAUUACUAGAGCAAGGGAUGAAAAAGGGUCAUUGGGUAUAUUUGGCCAAUUGCCAUUUAUCAAUUAGUUGGCUGCCUGAAUUGGACAAAAUUGUCGAACAGUUACAAACAGCUGCUGUUCACAAUGAAUUUCGUUUAUGGUUAAGCUCAAGUCCAACGCCAAAUUUUCCAAUAUCUAUUUUACAAACUGGACUGAAAAUCACAAAUGAACCGCCAAAGCGAUGGGUAUUCGAUGAUGAUGAUGAUGAUGAUGAUUCAAAAUGUCGUCUUUCUUUUCAUAUACCAUCGAUUCGCUUUAAACGUGUUCUCGGGCACAAAAAUAGAAUAUUUGGUAUAAAAGCCAAUAUGAAACGUCUGUACGAAACGAUAACAUUAGAACAAUUUCAACGUUGUCGAAAAGGCGAACAAUAUCGUAAAUUAUUGUUUACAUUAACCUUUUUGCAUUCGAUUAUUAUUGAACGUAAAAAGUUUUUACAAUUGGGUUGGAAUGUCAAUUAUUCAUUUAAUGAUUCUGAUUUUCAAAUUAGUGAAAAUUUAUUACAAAUCUAUUUGGAUGAUUACGAAAAGACGCCAUUUGAAGCACUGAAAUACCUAAUUGCAAUUGUUAUCUAUGGUGGCCAUUGUACCGAUGAAUGGGACAUGAGAUUGUUGCAAAUAUACAUUGAUUCUUAUAUUCGAGAAGAUAUGCUUGAAACUACCUAUUAUAAAUUGUCGUCAUUACCCUAUUACUAUGUACCAAGUGAUGGUUCAUUGAAAAUAUACAAAAAUUUUAUUAAUUCAAUGCCAUGGACCGAUCAUCCAGAAGCGUUUGGUCAACAUUCGAAUGCUGAUGUUGCAUCACAGAUUCAAGAAUCAAAAAUAUUAUUUGAUACUUUAUUAGCUGUUCUACCACAAAAAACAUCAGCAGCGGCUGAAAAAGAAGUGGAAGAUGAAGUUCGAAAAGCGGCUGCUGAUAUGUUAAAAUCGAUGCCACAUGAAAUUAAUAUAGAAGCAGUAACGAAUUACAUUAUAGAGGGUCUAGUGGUUAUGUCAUCAGACUUAGAUGAAAUAUUCAAAUGUAUUUACGAAGGGCGUUUGCCAGCAACAUGGCAGAAAACCUAUUUUUCAAUGAAGCCAUUGGGUGCUUGGUUUCAAGAUUUACGUCAACGUAUGGAAUUUUUCAAUUCAUGGGUUGAACACGCACGAUUACCACAGGUCUAUUGGAUAUCAGCAUUCAGUUAUCCCACGGCCUUUCUUACAGCUGUUUUACAGAGAACAUCAAGAAAAGAUCAAAUCGCUGUCGAUUUGUUAUCAUGGGAAUUUGAAGUGAUGAAACAAACAGAUGAUAAAUAUUUACCUGAAAUUGAAGAGGGUAUCUAUGUCACCGGUCUCUACUUAGAAGGAGCAGGAUGGGAUAAAAAAAUGGGUACAUUAACAGAAGCACAAUCAAUGCAAUUAGUGACCAAAAUGCCAACAAUACAUUUUAAACCAGUUGAACAUAAGAAAAAGUCAAUAAGAGGUCUUUAUACUUGUCCUUGUUAUUAUAAUCCAGCUCGUGCUGGUUCAUUUAUCCUAGCUGUUGAAUUGAAAAGUGGUCCGAUGCCUGCUGAACAUUGGAUUAAAUGUGCGACUGCUUUACUCAUGAAUUUAGAUUUAUAA